UGGAUCCAAACUCAGGAGAUGGGGGCAAUCAUCCAGGGUAUUCUCUGGCACAUUCUGCAUGUGCCCCCAGAUGCUCAGCUGCAGACCUCUGGGGAGCGAAGAGGGCAGACCCACCCAUCUCACCUCCAGGCUCUUUCCUUCCUGUUUCUGCCGUAAGGUGGGGCUCACUUGCCAGACUUCAGAUUCACAAGUCAGAUGACUGUUUCAAGAAAAGGAAGCUGGUGGGUGAUGGGUGAAGGGGUUAGGGGAAAGGCUAUUUACUUCCUCCUGUCUAGUCAGCUUGGUCCCUUUAGGGCUCCAGAUAACUGCAGUGACUUGUUCGCUCCAGUGUGGCAUCAUGUGGCAGCUGCUCCUCCCAACCGCUCUGCUACUUCUAGUUUCAGCUGGCAGGCGAGCUGAAGAUCUUCCAAAGGCUGUGGUGUCCCUGGAGCCCCAAUGGAACAGGGUACUAGAGAAGGACAGUGUGACUCUGAAGUGCCAGGGGACCUCUCUUCCUGAGGACAAUUCCACACAGUGGUUUCACGAUGGGAAGCUCGUCUCAAGCCAGGACUCAAGUUAUUUCAUUGCCUCUGUCACAGUCAACGACAGUGGAAAUUACAUGUGCCAGACACGCCUCUCCACAUGCAGUGACCCGGUGCAGCUAGAAGUCCACACUGGCUGGCUGGUGCUCCAGGCCUCUCAUUGGAUGUACAAGGACCAGGCCUCUCAGUUGGUUUACAAUGAGGGAGACCGUAUUCACUUGAGAUGCCACAGCUGGAAGAACACUCCUCUGCAUAAGGUCACAUAUUUACAGAAUGGCAAAGGGAAGAAGUAUUUUCAUCAGAAUUCUGACUUCUACAUUCCGAAAGCCACACCCAAAGACAACGGCUCCUACUUCUGCAGGGGGCUUGUUGGGAGUAAAAAUGUGUCUUCAGAGAGUGUGAACAUCAUUAUUCUAGGGGUCAUCCGCAUCACCAGUCUUUCUACCUGGGUACCAAGUCUCUUUCUGCGUGGUGAUGGUACUCCUUUUUGCAGUGGACACAGGACUGUAUUUCUCUGUGAAGAGAAACAUUCGAAGCUCAACAAGGGACUGGAAGGACCAUAAAUUUAAAUGGAACAAGGACCCUCAAGACAAAUGACUCCCAUCCCAUGGGGGUAAUAAGGGCAGUGGCAGCAGCUUCUCUGAACCUUUCUCUGGAUUUGCAACCCCAUCAUCCCCAUUAGGCCUCUCCACGAGCAGCAGGAAACAUAAAACUCAGAGCCCAAGUCCCUUACCCAACUUUCGACUCUUCCUUGGUCUCCAGUGGAAGGGAAAGGCCCAUGAUCUUCAAGUGCCAGCAGGGAAGCCCCAGUGAGUAGCUGCAUCCCUAGGAAUUGAAGUUUCAGAGCUACACACCUUUUCUAUCCCAACCAUUCCCUCACUGUAAAGCAACGAUACAGGCUACGGACGGUAAUGUUGAAACAUACAAAAACUGUUCCUAUUAUAAAUUACCCAGUUUAUGGGGGAAGAAAUGAAAAAUAAUUAUUCCUAAAUAAAUGAAUAGGUAGAAUUAACGGUUGAGGCAGGGCCAUAUAGAGUGUGGGAGCUGCUGGGGAUCCAGGGAAUUCAGUGGGACCAAUGAAAGGAUGGCUGAGAAAGAGCAGGGUAGUCCAGGAUAGACUAAGGGAGGUGUCCCCACGCACCCAGAGAUAGACAAGGCUGUCUUCCUAGAACAUUAGCCAUUGUGGAAUUAACGAGGAAUCGUAAGGGUGAGGUAGAAUUGAGUCUUCCAGGGGAAUCUAUCAGAACUGAACCAUCUGCUAGUUAUAAUGAUGAGCCCUCUUAAUGCCAGGAGCAGAAAAUGGUCCUAGGAAGGCGACUGAGGAUUGUAGUGGGGUGGGGUGGAAAAGAAAGUACAGAACAAACCUUGCGUCACUGUCCCAAGUUAAGCUAAAUGAACAGAACGAUGUCAGGGUCAGAGUGCGAAAGCCCGAGAAGAGCGAGCCACCCACAAGCACACAGGAAGGAAAGCGAAGGAGGUGAAAAUGCUUUUUUUGGCCAGGGUAGAAAGAAUUAGAGGGUAAGGGCAGAAACUGUAAAACCACCCUUUCUGCUUCAAUACAUAAUUGCGGUGUAGCUUUGUUCAUUUCAUUUAUUAAACAAAUGUUGGAUAACCAAUGCUAAAUGUACUACUGAGCUUCACUGAGUUACAUUAUGAAACUUUCAAAUCCUUCAUCAUGUCAGUUCCAAUGAGGUGGGGAUGGAGAUGGCAAUUGUUGCUUAUGAAAGAAAGCUUUAAGCUGUCUCUUCCUGUUUUGGAAGUUUUAAGCGCAACAUUUCUCUGUUAGAAUAAAGCAUAUUACAAGA